CUAUAUCAAGAAGUCUAAUUUCUGACUUACGAUGCCUGGAUGUUUCAUUCAUGUUUGGCUGUUUUUCUUUGCUGUAUUGGUGAGAGAAAUUAAAGUCAAAGAAGUGAAGACGGGCCUAUACAAUCGUGUUGAACUCACUGGAGAGGAACUUGAUCAAAAUAUUGCAGAUUCUCUGAAGUCAGUGGAAUGGACCAAACGAAAGGGAUCGAUAACAUGUCUAUGUAUUACAAAAACAAAUAUAUUCAAUGCUUCAUACAGUCAAUGCUGUGGAACGGCUCAUUUCUAUUUAAACAACAACACCCUCAUUCUGGAGAGAGUGACAGCAAGGGAUGAAGGAGUCUUCAUUGAAACUAUAGUUACAGGAAAUGGAACUACAAAAUGCCUAAACUUUACAUUAAUUAUUCAAUAUCCUCCAAAUGCAACAGAAAUUGUGGUCUCCUGGACCUCCAGCACAUCUGUGGCUCUCAAGUGUGAAGUGAGCGGUUUAUUCCUGCAUCUGAUGUGGAAGAGAGAAGGAGUCCCUAUUCUAGAGAAACACAGACACUCAUUCAGUGAGAGGAACCAAACUCUACACAUCAGCAACAUAACCAGCUCCGAAUACGGCACGUACAGCUGUAUUGCUUCAAAUGCAUAUGGAGAAUCAGAAAAGCACACAUAUAUUACCAGUGGAAAUUCAACUGUUAACCAAGGAAAUGGCACUAGAGAUAAAACUCAGUUUGAUCAAACUGUGCUUUCAAGUGGACUUACACUCACAGGUGUUUUGGGACUGUGCAUCGUGUUCUACUGCCUUUACAAAUACCAUCACAGUAAGAUUUUCUCCCAAAUACAUAAUCAAUGUUCAUAAAUGUUGCUUUAGCAAAAUAAUAACUCUUUGUUUAUGAAACCCACAUCCUCCAUGAUUUAGGUUGAUUCUGUGAUUCUGUGAUUGUUUAUUCAGUUUUUCAGUCUCAAUACCUCGUAAUCUCAACAUGUCAGUUCUCACCCAAAUAUUCUCACAGGAAGAGUAGUACUAACCACAGACAAAUUUUCCUCUCAACAAAACUCACCAGAUUCUCUGCAGACUAUCCUG